AUGAUUAGAAGCAGCGGCUGUUUGGCUACUAUAUGUGAAUUAUUCACUAACUGCAUGAUGAAUCAGGAUACUUGGCAAUCUCUUUGCCGAUGUCUUGCUGAAACGUGCCGUAAUGUAGAAGCAAAUCAGAGCUAUUGCACACAUCUUGUACCAGCGUGUGUGCAAAGAUGCAGUCAAAGAAAUAUUGAAGUCUUACUGGUGCUGCAAAGCCUACUUCAGAACCAUGAAAGAAAUGUUAACUUAUUUUUCAAAUGCAACGGAAUAUCCCUUUUUCGAAGGGAGAUUUUGAAACAUGAAAUUUGUUUGCAAUUACUAGACACAAUUGUGCAGAGUUCUGAGCAAGCCAUUGAGCUUAUUAACAAAACUGACACGUACCAAUACUUAGUCGACUUUUUGCGGUUGUAUGGCCCUGAGUCCCAGCUGGGACAAUGGGCGACCAUAAUAUUAUAUCACAUGUCAAGAACUAAAGGAACCUGUGUAAUCCCUAUUCCAAAGCAAGAAAUUAAUGAAAAGCAGAAUACUGAUAAUCCUGAUAUACAAAACACUAUCAACACGACUGGAUUUUUCCAAAAUGUUAUAAAGGAAAUAAUACAGUGUGGUCUGUUACCUGCUCAAUUUCAGAACAAGACCAAAAAUAGUUUAUUUAUCCAAUCUCAUUCAAAUCAGAAUCGGCUUCAACCAAAUGAAACCUGUACUCAGAACACAUCAGUUAUAUUCAACAAUUGUAACAUACAAAAAUGUGCUAAAAUAUCUAAUGAUCUGAUUGAGGGUAAACAAAAUAAUAGAAUACGUGAUUUAUCUUUCUCAUUUUUAUAUCAAGAGGACAAUAGGAGAUACACCCAUGGCUCAAUAUGUACAAAUAAAAUCAAUAAUGCUUGUCAAAAAACUCCAUCUAAUGCGGUAAAUAUCAGAAAGUUUUCUAAAUUCUGUGAGCCUGCAUCAUUAGCAGACAAUUUAAACUGCCGCGAUACACCUGAGUUGAGUAGUUUUGCACCAAAAUGUGUAUCUACUCCAAAAAAAACUUACUACAUAGAACCGAAGAAAUCUACUAUGCGAUAUGUAAAAAACAGCACAUGCACAAUAUUUUCUGAUUCAAUCGGUAAACAUAAAAGAAAGCGGAUGAUUCGAAGUAGAAAAGAUCUUUCCAAGGUCGCUAGUUUUCCCAAGUGUUUAGAACAAACCAAUAGCGAUAAAGAAAACAGACAUCGUUCUAUAACUGAAAGGUUUUUGGGCGCCGUUAACGAGUCAUGCACCACUUUGGUUAAGACAAUAAAGAAUAUCUUCACGUCAAAACAUAGUUCAAAAGAGUCUAAAAUAAAGGGUUUGACACCAGUAUCAGAAACUUCCACAAAGUCUUGUAGUUAUAGUUUUACUAAUUAUAUGCGUGAAAGAGAUGCUAUUCUAAAGAAUGAAAACACCAAGGAAUUCAAUGAUGAUUUUGAUGACUUUAGUAUGGAGAUGACUAAUACCUGUAGCUCUUGUAAUGACACGGUCGUACUGAAACAAAAAUUGGCUAAUGAUGAAUAUUUGAAACAGACCAUAAGGAAACUUAAGCUCGGGAUUAACUUAUACGGUUGUGACUUUAAGAAAAUUUCGAAGCAGCUAUGGCCGCAUCAAACUUACAUGACCCCAGUCGUACUUUACAAUCUUUACCGAAAAUUAAUAAUAAAGUAA